AAAUUACCGACGAGUGGUCGAUUUACAAUUUGAUGCGAAAUCACAUAAGAGAGGUUAUGUUACGAACGGUAAGUAAGUUAACAUUCGGGCUGUAAUAGUACUACGUCAUACGUGAAGCGAAAAGUUUCCAACGUUACACGUUGUAAAUUUACAUUGGGCUUUUUUACAGUGUGUGAUUAAUUAUUGUUUAUUGAGUCUGUGUUUGUGUUUUCCUGUAUAAAAGUCACCCUUUGGUCUUUUCAUCAUUACUUGCACAAAAUAAAUUUUAAGAUAAACGUUCGGAAUUUUUUUUUAAAUAUGUUGAAAAUUUUAACUGGGAAAGUAACAUGCAUGUAUUUUGUGUCUACAACUCACAAUACAAAUUUAAUUAGAUGCCUACAUUUAGGAGCUGUGCCAUUGAAAAACUUGUCAUUGGGUCAUACAAUGUCGGCAGAAGAAAAUGAUGUCUUGCUUCAAGACAUUGGCGACAAAGGACUGAUAGUUUUAAAUAGACCGAAAGCCCUAAAUGCUCUGAAUUUGUCAAUGAUUAAUAAAAUUUAUCCAGUUCUGAAGCAAUGGGAAACUUCGAAAAGUCUCGUUCUGAUCAAAGGUGCUGGUGAAAAGGCUUUUUGCGCUGGCGGAGAUAUUAAGUCUUUAGUUACACCUUUGAGAGACGAUAAGAAUGGUCAUCAAUUUGGUCAGGAAUUCUUCAGACGAGAGUACACAUUGAAUCAUCUUAUUGGAACGUUUAAAAAACCAUAUAUCGCUCUACUUAAUGGUAUUACAAUGGGUGGUGGUGUUGGCUUAUCUAUUCAUGGAAAAUACAGAAUAGCAACCGACAAUACUUUAUUCGCAAUGCCAGAAACUGGAAUCGGUUUAUUUCCCGACAUUGGCGGUUCGUAUUUUUUGCCGAGAUUGAAAGGAAAACUUGGUCUCUAUUUAGGACUCACGGGACAUAGAUUGAAAGGCAUUGACGUUUACUUAGCUGGACUUGCGACUCAUUUCGUUCCGAAAAAUCAACUUGACGAAUUGGUCGAAACUUUAUUAAAUUCCAAAAAUGGGAACGUCGAGGAGAUCUUAAAUAAUUAUCAACCAAAAGAUUUGAAUCAGGAAUUCACCUUAGAAUCACGUAUGAAGGAAAUUAAUAGAUGUUUUUCAGCCCAAACUAUCGAAGAAAUAAUCGAAAAAUUACAAGCAGAAAAAUCCCAAUGGGGUGAUUCUGUAAUAGAAACAUUGCGAAAAGUGUCACCAACAUCAUUGAAAGUGACAAAAAAGGCCUUAGACAAAGGAGCAAAUUUUGAUUUAGCCGAAUCUUUGAUAAUGGAAUACAGACUAGCUUGCGCCUGUUUAUCGAAAGACGACGAUUUCUACGAAGGUGUUCGAGCUCUGUUAGUCGAUAAAGAUCAAAAACCCGUGUGGAACCCCAAGAGUUUAAAUGAAGUCACAGAUGAACUUGUGAAUAAACGAUUUUCUCCACUCAUCGACAAUCUUGAAUUAACUUUAUCAAAGUUAUAAUAAAUCAGCAGGGUAAGCUCAAAACAAAAAGAGAUAUUUUUCUAAAUAUUGUUGACAAAAGCAAAUUUUAUAAAAUUCUGAACAUUGUUUUUUUUUUUUAUUAAAAACCAAUUAUUUAUAACAAA